AAUUCAAUUGUUGCGCUUUCGAGCGAGGCAGGCAGCUAUCUUCGUUCCCAUCGAUCCUUUUCGGCUCUGCGGAAACCAGGUACGGAAAGGAAAGCCGCCGAAGGAAUUCGCGAGAUUUUGGUUCUGUUCCUGUCUGUGUAAUUAUUUAUUCGGCAGAAGGAUCUCCGCUUUCACUUCAAUUUAUCGCUUUCUGAUUUCUUGUUGAGUCGCUCUGAAUCUCGAAGCCAAUUCCUGAAAUCCGCCAUUGGAAAGUUUUCCUCAGAUUUUUGGUGAUUUUGAGAUAGGAGUGGAAUUCAGUGGAGAAUGCUUUGAUUCUGGUGCAGAAUUGAUUUUUGGAAUGUGAGAGUGCGUCCAAGAUAGAAAUUUCAUUAUAUCAAGUGCAGAAUGGACGAUGCGGCAGCCCUGAUAGAGGCUUCUGGAUCAAGAUUUAGUGAUUUGGAGUUAAUUGGAAGAGGUUCUUUUGGGGAUGUCUACAAAGGGUUUGAUAGGGAAUUGAACAAGGAGGUUGCUAUUAAGGUCAUUGAUUUAGAAGAAUCGGAAGAUGAAAUUGAGGACAUUCAAAGGGAAAUUGCUGUUCUUUCUGAAUGCCGAUCUCCAUACAUCACCGAGUAUUAUGGAUCAUAUUUGCAUCAAACUAAGCUGUGGAUAAUAAUGGAGUACAUGGCUGGUGGUUCAGUUGCUGACUUGAUUCAACCAAAUCAACCUCUAGAUGAAGGUUCCAUCGCUUGGAUUGUGCGUGAUUUGCUGCAUGCUAUUGAUUAUCUCCACAGUGAGGGGAAAAUUCAUCGGGAUAUUAAAGCGGCAAACAUAUUGUUGACAGAGAAUGGUGAUGUCAAGGUUGCAGACUUCGGUGUUUCUGCGCAACUUACUAGAACAAUUUCGAGACGAAAGACUUUUGUAGGAACACCAUUUUGGAUGGCUCCAGAAGUAAUUCAGAAUUCUGAAGGAUACAAUGAGAAGGCAGAUAUAUGGUCUUUAGGGAUAACUGUAAUUGAGAUGGCCAAGGGAGAGCCUCCCCUUGCAGAUCUCCAUCCUAUGAGAGUGCUUUUCAUCAUUCCUAGAGAAAAUCCACCACAGCUAGAUGAGCAUUUUUCUCGCCCUAUAAAAGAAUUUGCAUCACUAUGUUUGAAGAAGUCUCCAACAGAGAGGCUAAGUGCUAAAGAACUUCUUAAGCAUCGUUUUAUCAGAAAUGCUAGGAGGAGUCCAAGGCUUGUGGAGAGGAUCAGAGAGCGCCCCAAGUUCCAGAUGGAUGGAGAGAAACCUAAUAAUGGUCCAGAUGCAUUUGGAGAGGCUUCUGGAACUGUAAAGGUAGCUAGAGAUCCUCCUGUUGAAGACACAGUUCGAGUCAGCAACCAGGCUACGGGUCUGAGAAAUACUGGAUGGGACUUCAGCAUCGGUGGAUCGGGUAGCACAGGAACUAUCCGAAGUGCAGUAAAACCACCUCAAGUGAGAGAUAGGAAGCCAGAGGUCCCACUAAAUCAAUCUGCAUAUAAAAGAGCAGCUGACAGUGGUACCCAGCGGUCUUCUGCUUCUGGAUCUAUGCUUCAUAGUUCGUCAGAGAUCUCUAUGAGUAAAGGUGCUAACAACCCAGGGCUGCAAGACUCUUACGAUGAUGAAGAUGUUACUGGAACGGGAACCGUUGUUGUUCGAUCUCCAAGAGGUGCUCAGCCCUCCUCUCUGUUCAGCAACCAAAGUUCAAUGUCUAGCAGCACCCUCACCUCUGCUGAAGAUACUUCCAUAAGUGGCACUAUUGUCUAUCGUGGGCAGCAUGAUGAUUCAGAUUCUCCAAGAACUCCAAAGUCUAGGCUGGGACUUCAAGAGAGAACAUCCAGCGCCGCAGUUGAAGACAGUGAAACAAACCUUGCUGAGGCCAAGGCUGCUAUUCAAGGGGCAAGAAAAGGCAAUGUGCGGGAGAGAUCAGCAUUGAGCAAGGCUAACAGAGAUGGGCAAGAUAGCCGGAGAACAGAACAAGCAUCAGCAAGCUCAGAUUCAUCAAGAUUUUUUGAUGCUCAAAAAGCAUUUUCAAGAUCACAAAACACAAGUGAUGAUGAGGACAAUGCAAGGAGUUCUGCUAUGGCUCUGUCUGCCCCACUAUCGGUCCUUCUAAUUCCUUCUCUUAAAGAUGCAACUGCUGAUGAUAUGGGUGGAUCAGUCUUUCAGACAGUGGCCAACGCUUUAAUGGAUAUGGAACGUGCAAAACCAGGGGCUUCAGAAAUACUUGUUACAAAGUUGAUUCAACGACUGGCCAGUUCGAGGGAAGGGUCUAUGAAAGACCUGCAGGAUCUGGCUGCUCGAAUCUUUAGAAAAGGAAAGGAAGCACCGGCUACAAAUACAGAAGCAUCUGAUAGCAAGAAAAAGCAGCAGAGCAAGGAGCACCAUUCAAAUGCCAAUAUGAGCCCACUUGCAAGGUUCCUACUCUCAAGAUGGCAAGGCCAUGCUUCCCGAGAUCUGAAUUCUUGAAAAAUGAAUUUGGAAGAACAUUUUUUGGGAGGGAUAAUAUUUAUAAUUUUGGUUUUUGAGUUUGAAAUGAGUUAUUGUACAUAACAUUCAAGGAAACUGUAAUUUAUAUUCCUUGGUCAUCAUUUUUGUUUAUGUAAUUUUUCAUGUUGUUUCUUGACUGCAGAAAGUUGAGUGACAAUUAAUUCUAUUAUUGCCUUU